UGCCAACCGGAGCAUCCUCAGGCUCAUUAAUAAUGGACGAGUCUGACAGAAGCAGCCUCACUUACCUUUGUUUUCCACCGUAGACGAGGGGAGACAUGGAUCUCUCUGUUUUGCCAAAUAACAACCAUCCUGACAAAUUCCUGCGGCUCGAUGUGAAGUCUUUCAUGAGGAACUCAGCUCUUCUUCAGGCCAGCCUGGUGAGGUUUCCAGGUGGGAAUCACCCUGCUGCCCAGCACUGGCAAAACCUCGUGUACUCACAGAGAGAGAAGAAGACUAUCACUGCUCAGCGAAUGAGAGGACCCAGUGCACAGCGUGCUGUUGCUACGGAUCAUCCCCCACCAUCCCUGUCCUCUGUUCUGAAGAAUAACCCACUGUACGGUGACAUAAGUUUGGAGGAAGCUAUGGAAGAAAGAAAAAAGAACCCCUCAUGGACCGUUGAAGAAUAUGACAGGCAUUCCCUUCACACAAACCUUUCUGGACACCUGAAGGAAAAUCCUAAUGACCUACGGUUUUGGUUGGGAGACAUGUACACGCCCGGUUUUGAUACCUUACUGAAAAAGGAAGAGGAACAAGAAAAGCAUUCGAAAUACUGUCGUAUAGGUCUGAUUUUGCUCCUUGUUGCCUGCAUCUUGGUUUUCAUAGUGACCGUUUGCAUGUUUUUCACCUAAAGAAACUG